AUGUUUGGGAAACAAGACAAAAUGGACGUUAGAUGCAGUUCAGAGACUGAAGCUAACCGGGUCUCGAAGAACGGACAUAAGGAGGGCAAGGAAAGCAAAGGGUCUGAAGGAAAUAUUUCUACUUCUUUUUUGAAGGAUCAGCAAGGGACUUUUUCUGCCUCUGCAGCUACGGAAGAUUGUAAUAAAAGUAAAUCUAGUUCGGCCGAUCCGGACUAUUGCAGGAGGAUCCUAGUUAGAGAUGCCAAAGGUUCAAUCAGAGAGAUUAUCCUGCCUAAGGGGCUUGAUCUGGACCGUCCCAAGCGGACCCGCACUUCCUUCACGGCCGAGCAGCUCUACCGCCUGGCGAUGGGGUUACCGCGCUGCCAGUACGUCGUGGGGCGGGAGCGCACGGAGCUCGCCCGACAGCUCAAUCUCUCCGAGACUCAGGUAGCCCCAGAAGGACGGGGAACCCCGGCUGCCCUGCCCCGAACCCCUCGCGGGACACCGCGCUCACCCCCCGCCCGCUGCGGGCAUCUCCGCUGCUCUCCGGGCCCCCACGGGUGGGCCAGCCCCGCGCGCCUCUUGCGCGCCUCUUGCGCGCCCCCGUGCAGAGCUCGGGAUCUGUCGGGCAGGGAGAGGCUGAGGCCGCCCCCGAGGUGCCCACGCGUGUCCGGCUAG